AUGUUUAGAAAUUUAUAUUUAGUUUUAUUAUUUAUAAUUAUAAAUAUUUUAUCAAGUUUUGCAGAAAUAAAUUUAUCUGAAUAUAAAUCAACUCCAUUAGAUACAAUUACCUUAAAUUCUUUUAUAUCAAGCUCAAAACCAGCCAUAGUUUAUUAUUACACCAAAACCGCAGAUGAAUAUUUAGAAGAAAAUAAUGAAGUUGCAUUUGGUGUUUUAGAUAUUGAUAAAGAGUUAAAGAUAAGAAGCAGCUACUCUAUUGAAACACCAUCGGUAGUAUAUUAUAAAAAAGGUAAGGAGGUAUCAGAGCUCCAGGGAGUCAAAACAAAAAAGUCAUUAGAGAAAUUUAUAGAAGAUCCUUUAACAGUCCCAGAACCAUUUGCUGGACCUGGAUCAUGGUCUGAUAUUGAAUCACAAGUUGCUCAUCUUUCAAAUCGUAAUUAUACAUCCUUCAUAUCAAACAAUAAAGAUGUAUUGGCAAUGUUUUUUACUCCACAAUGUGGUCAUUGUAAACGUGCUAAACCAGCCUACGGUGAAGCUUCAGUUUCAGUAGUUAAAAAGAAUGUUGGUAGAUUAGCCGCUGUAGAUUGCUCAAUAAAUAAAAAAGUAUGUGACAUUUUAAAUAUUGAAAGUUAUCCAACAUUCAUUUACUUUAAAGAUGGAAAAAAAGUAGAUGCCUAUAAAGGAGGAAGAGCUAAAGAUGAUUUCAUCAAUUUCCUAUCAGAAAAAUCCAAAGAAUCUCCAACUGUUAAAUUAAAUAAAAAAUCCAAAAAAGAGUUAUAA